GCCUUUCCUCUAGUUGCCGCCGGGAAGCGCGCUCGGGGCCCCCGGGUGGCACUGCCGCUGCGCUGCGCUGCGCUCCGCGGGGGCCAUGGCCUCCUCCGACGAGACGCGGCUCCUGGUGAGCCCGUCACACUGCUCCUCCUACGCCGCCGCCGCCGCCGGGACCGCUUUCGGCGACCCGCGACCCUCCUGUUCGCACGGAGCUCCUCUCAUGUCUCCUCACUCGUUUCAUAUGAUGUCAAAAACAGCUUGCAUAUCCCCUCAAGUGUCCGACUGUGAUACACAGACAAAAAAAGAAAAUAUCCGUUCCUUGACUAUGUGUGGGCAUGUUGGUUUUGAGAGUUUACCCGACCAGCUGGUUGACAGAUCCAUUCAGCAAGGCUUCUGUUUUAAUAUUCUCUGUGUGGGAGAAACUGGAAUCGGAAAAUCGACAUUGAUUAACACAUUGUUUAAUACCAGUUUCGAAGAACACGAAUCCUCCCAUUUUUGUCCAAAUGUUAGACUUAAAGCCCAAACAUACGAACUUCAGGAAAGUAAUGUUCGAUUGAAAUUGACUGUUGUGUAUACAGUAGGAUUUGGUGACCAAAUAAAUAAAGAAGAGAGCUACCAACCAAUAGUUGACUACAUAGAUGGUCAGUUUGAUGCAUAUCUCCAAGAAGAACUGAAGAUCAAGCGUUCUCUCUUCAGCUACCAUGAUUCUCGUAUCCAUGUGUGUCUCUACUUCAUUGCUCCCACAGGCCACUCUCUGAGGACACUGGACCUCUUGACCAUGAAGAGCCUAGAUAGCAAGGUGAACAUUAUUCCACUGAUUGCCAAGGCAGAUACAAUUUCUAAAACUGAAUUACAGAAGUUUAAGGUCAAGCUCAUGAGUGAAUUGGUGUGCAAUGGCGUCCAAAUAUACCAGUUCCCAACAGAUGAUGAAACUACUGCUAAGAUCAAUGCUUCAAUGAAUGUGAGCCCCCCUGCCUCCCCCACCCCAAUGAACAUAAUGGAAAAUGAAAACCACUGUGACUUUGUAAAGCUGCGAGAAAUGCUCAUAUGUACAAACAUGGAAGAUCUGCGGGAACAAACUCACGCUAGGCACUAUGAGCUGUACAGGCGUUGCAAACUAGAGGAAAUGGGCUUUAGUGAUAUGAGCCCAGAGAAUAAGCCCCUCAGUCUUCAGGAGACUUACGAAGCUAAAAGACAUGAAUUCUAUGGUGAACGUCAGAGGAAGGAAGAAGAGAUGAAGCAGAUGUUUGUACAACGAGUAAAGGAGAAAGAAGCUAUAUUGAAAGAAGCAGAGAGAGAGCUGCAGGCCAAAUUUGAGCACCUUAAGAGAGCUCAUCAAGAAGAACGAAUGAGACUUGAAGAAAAAAGAAGAAUUUUGGAAGAAGAAACAGUUGCUUUCGCUAAAAAGAAAGCUACCUCUGAGAUAUUCCAAAGCCAGUCCUUUAUGGCAUCAAGUGCCACAGUGAGAAAGGAGAAGGAUCGUAAGAACUUUAAUUACAUGUAACAUAGGAGUUCAAGAGCAAAGAAGUCAUCACAAGCAAAAGUUAUUAAAAAAUUAUAAGUA